AUGAGCCGUGUACUGUGUCGUAGUAUUGUAACUCUGCGUUUAAGAAUGCCAAUGGCGAGAAACGCUUCAUCUUACCUUAUAGAUGACCCCAAAUAUUCCUUUUUGAAGGAUUUGGGUUUAGACAAGAAAAAUGUUGGAGUAUUUAAUGGAAGAUGGGAGGCGAAUGGUGAGAUAAUCCAAUCCUACAGUCCGGCAAAUGGAAAAAUAAUCGCUGAAGUGAAAGCGGCUAGCCUGGCCGACUAUGAAACUUGUGCUAAAGCUGCUCAAGAUGCGUGGCACUCUUGGGCGGAAAUGCCAGCACCCGCAAGGGGAGAGAUAGUUAGACAAAUUGGGGAUGCACUCAGGGAAAAAUUGCAACCACUUGGGCAAUUGGUUUCCUUAGAAAUGGGAAAAAUUUUACCUGAGGCUAUCGGUGAAGUUGUUGAAUACAUACACGUUUGCGACUUAGCUCUUGGAUUAUCUCGCACAUUACCGGGAACUAUCUUCCCAUCGGAGCGACCUGGCCACGUGCUCAUUGAAAAAUGGAACCCUUUGGGGCUUAUUGGCAUUAUUACGGCAUUCAAUUUUCCAGUAGCUGUUUUCGGUUGGAAUAGUGCUAUUGCCAUGGUUUGCGGCGAUGUAAGCGUAUGGAAACCAUCAGACACCACGCCUCUCACGGCGGUGGCUGUCACUAAGAUAGUAGAAAGUGUGCUCGUCAAGAACAAUAUCCCAGGAGCGGUAGCAGCGCUUUGUGUGGGCGGUAAAGACAUCGGACAGACGCUCGUUAAGGACCACAGGAUGAAACUUGUGUCGUUUACUGGAAGCACGGCCGUGGGACAGGAGGUGGGAGUGGAAGUCCAAAGGCGUUUCGGACGUCACUUGCUGGAGUUGGGCGGUAACAACGCGAUCAUCGUGAACUCGGACGCGAACGUCGAUCUGUUAUUGAACGCAGCUCUCUUCGCGUGCGCCGGGACUGCGGGCCAGCGCUGCACUACAACACGCAGACUACUCAUACACGAGAAACUGUUCGAUGAAGUGGUAUCAAAAUUAAAAAAGGCAUACGCGAGUGUUCUACCCAAGAUCGGUGAUCCACUUCUUAGCGAGACCUUGAUUGGACCGCUCCACACACCGGCCGCUGUCGACGUCUACAAGAAGACCGUCGCUGAGGCCGUCAAGUUGGGGGGAACGAUCGAGUUCGGAGGAAAAGUAAUAGAACGCGAAGGUUUUUUCGUGGAGCCGACAAUAAUUACAGGGUUGCCACAUGAUAGCCCUCUUGUGAUGUCCGAAUGUUUCGCGCCGAUCGUCUACUGCAUUAAAAUUCCCGAUUUGGAUACCGGCAUCCAGUACAACAAUGAAGUCGAACAAGGCCUGUCUUCCAGUCUCUUUACCGAGAAUUUAGCUGAUGUGUUUAAGUGGAUAGGGCCACACGGCUCAGACUGUGGUAUCGUGAACGUGAACAUCCCUACUAACGGCGCAGAGGUUGGUGGAGCGUUCGGUGGUGAGAAGGCAACAGGGGGAGGUCGCGAGUGUGGCUCCGACAGUUGGAAGAACUACAUGCGCCGCGCCACCGUCACCGUCAACUACUCGGGUACCAUUAAACUGGCGCAGAACAUCCGCUUCGGAGACUAAUAUUAUCCAUCAGAACUACACCAUUAUCAUAACUAUAUUAAAUGAGAUAUAUAAAUGCAGAGCCAAUGUUAGACUAAUUUUACAUGAUUCUGUAACAUUCUAUAGUUGUAAACAAUAUUGUGUAAUCUGUGCCUAAUGAACGAUUUCUCUAUCGUGCACUGCACUAUAAAUUAUAACAACGCUAUAGAAUUCCAUACAUAUAUUCAUA